AUGGAUAACUUCGAGUACAGCAUCCAGCUGAACGACCGCGAAUGGGCCGAGUUCUUCCAGGCGUCCGAGGAGUGCAGCCUGGCACCCGCCUCGCUGGCCACGGCCGAGGAGCAGAGCCUCAGUGACAUUGAGCAAGGGGACACCUCGGGACGCGACUGUCCCCGCAGCAGCGACCCCGGGAUCGCCGCCAGGCCGGGCAGCGAGCCAGCGGCUGGCACGGGCAGCCCUGCCCCACGUGGGGUGGCCACUGACACCGCCCUGCGCUGGCCCCAGCGUGGGCACCUCUCGGUGCCGGAGCUGCUGUCGGGCAGCGAGGACGAAGCGGAGCUGGGCUCUGUGGGCAGGUUCCUGUGUGACAGCGACAAGCCCGGCCUGGCACCCGCUGCCAUGCCCAGCGCGCAGAGGAGGCAGCCACCAAGGCCACCCGCGGCCACCACGGCUGGUGGCACAGCCCAGAGCAGCCCCGGGCAGGACACGGCGGAGAAAGGAGCGGCCGUGGAGACCCCUGGACCCCCCGAGCAGGGCGGGCAGCCACAAUCGGAGGGAUCGGCCGAGAGAAGCGCUGAGCUCGGACUGCGGGGACCCGCGGGGGACCCCCCGAGCCCGGCCCUGGGGUCGGUGCCCAGGGUGGCACCGGACGAGGAGAAGGCGGCCACGGAGCCGAGCUCCCCGGGCGGAUCCCCCAGCGUGGUGAGGCCCAAGGUGCCGGCACAGCCCAAGAAGAGCCGCAGGCAGCGCGGAGCCAGCGGCACCGAGGGGGACCGGGACCCUGCGGCACCGGGAGCGGCCGGAGCCGGGAAGGCCCCCCCGGGCUCCCCGGUGUCCCCUCGGAAGGGCAAAGGGAAGGACAAGGCUGCCAAGGGAGCGCUGGUGAGGCUGGGCAGCGAGGAGGCUGCGGACAACAAGCGGUCACUGCCCGGUUCUGAUCCCGGCGAUCCCGGGACUGCUCCCCCAAAACAGAGGGGGAAGGAGCCGGGGGCGCAGUCCCCAGGGAAGGCAAAGGCCACCAAGCACCCCAAGGCAGGGCAGGCCGGUGGCUUGGGCGUACGUGACAGUGUCCCAGUGGUCCCUGGCGAUGUGGAGCCGUGCCAGGAGAUGCCAGGGAAGCCUCUGCAGCCCGGGAGCGCGGCAGCGAUCCCUGCAAUUGAGAUCCCAUGCGAGCCUGCAGCUGGGAUCCCCACGAUUCCCAGAGCUGGGAUCCCUUGGGAAGCUGCAGCUGAGACCCCCAGGGCCAGGAGCCCCCUGUGCUUUGCUGAUGGAGCCUCUCCCAAGUCCAACUCUCUGGAUGUGACCUGGCCCGAGAUGUACGAGUACCUGUUCUGUGAUUCCCAGGAGGAGGAGGAGCUGGGGAGCUCCCUGGAGGGGAGGAAAUCCCCCUUGCAGAGGGAAAUCUCCUGGCCUGAACUCUACGAGUAUUUGUUCAAUGAGCCAGAAGGAAGCAGGAAAAAAGUCAAAGCUAAAGACAGGAAAAGAAAGAAGUUUAGCGGCUUGGAGCGUGCUGGGAUGCAAAAGGAGGCUCCCAGCUCGGCCCCAGGCAAGGACAGCGUGGUUAUCCCAGUCCCUGAUGUCUAUGAACUCUUCCCAGAGAGAGCCCAGAACAGGAUGGGCUGGAGAGGGAUUUUCUCCAUGGCUCCGGCCUCCGAGGUGAAGAAAGCUGUGAGGGCUUUGAGGUCCCUGCUGCAAAGGCAAAUGCAGCUGGGAGGAGAGCAAGGCUCCAGCUCCCAGGCCUUGGUGCCCAGAAGAUCCGGAGAGGAGCUGGCCCUGGUCCCGCUGGGAGGAGCCCCGGUGUGGCCAGAAGAUGGAGACACGGCCCUGGCACUGAGAGGAGCAGCAGAGGACCCGCGGGUGCUGAGCCACAAGGACAUGUGCCUCGUCUUCUGUGCCUUCGCCUCCUGGGCUGUGAAGACAUCUGACCUGCAGGCUCCGGAUGCCUGGAAGACCAUGUUCCUGGCCAGCUUUGGCACCCUCUCGGCCAUCCGCUACUUCCGACGCCAGGUCAGGGAAGGGCACCCCCGGACUUAACCCCUGCCACGCCGGAGCCGCUGCCCGAGGCUGCCGCUUUGCUGUGGACAGUGGAGCCAGCACCGAGGAUUCCUCCGGCCCCA